UUGCUAUCAGUGAUGCGACGUCGCGGGCGUGCACGCAUCAUCUGUGGUGGUACUGCUGGACUGCGAGAGACUCUGCACGAUUUGCAAAAAUUAAAGUCAUUAGACGGCAAUUUGCCGUGAUGAUUCAAAGCACUGUCCGGUGCGUUGUGACGUCUCUUAUUUGUGCGCUGCUGAUUUUCCACACGGCGCAAGCGAAAGGACUUGUCAAUGAAAAAUCAACAAGCGACUGGUAUCCCAGCAGCUACACCACAACGCUAUGUGGGGGUGUCUUAGCAGUGCUAUUUUUUGUUGUUGCUAGAGAAAAGCUCAACCUUACCAAAAUAAAGACACAGGACCCUUUUAAACAAAGACAGAGGAAACGUAAUGGGAAGUCUGUGAAAGUCCUAUACGGGACUCAGACUGGAAAUGCAAAGAUUUUGUCGGAGAAACUUGCAGCUGAGUUGGACGCACUGGACUAUGAUGUGGAAAUGGUCAACUUGAAGCAUGUGGAGCCAGAGGAAUGCCUGCUUGGUCAGGUGAAAGCAAAGGGUCUUUGUAUCUUCAUCGUGUCAACAUACGUGGACGGAUCAGCACCAGAUGAAGCCACAUGGUUCUACGAUUGGUUGAAGGAUACAUAUGCAGAUUUCCGAGUGCACAAGUACUACCUCCAGGGUCUCGACUAUGCCAUCUAUGGCCUGGGAGACUCGGCCUAUGGUGACAGUUACAACAAGGUUGCCAAGGACAUGGAUUUCUGGCUGUCCAAACUGCAUGCAACACCGGCGGUUCCCCUUUGUCUCAACGAUGAAAGUCAGGAUGAAGGAAAAUAUGGAACAGGCAAGUUUCCAGCUUGGAAAGACGAUAUUAUAGCAUACCUGAAAGGAAGGCCAUCGAUCACCACUCAGCCUUGUGAACCUCACACUGCACCAGAAGACAUGGCUUAUGAAAGCUCGAGUGAUGAAGGUGAACCUGAACUGAUUGACCUGGAAGACCUUGGCAAUGUUAAAGGCACUGCCAAGUUGAAGGAGCAGGCAUCCAAGACAGCCAAGAAUGGAGAGGCUCGGCAAGACAUGCUGACCCCGCUGCUGCGCCAGUCGCUGGGAAAGCAGGGCUACCGCCUCAUUGGCUCCCACUCGGGGGUGAAGCUGUGCCGCUGGACCAAGGCCAUGCUGCGCGGUCGUGGCGGCUGCUACAAGCACAGCUUCUACGGCAUCGACUCGCAUCGCUGCAUGGAGGCCACCCCGAGCCUCGCCUGUGCCAACAAGUGUGUCUUCUGCUGGAGACACCACACGAAUCCUGUGGGGACAGAGUGGAAGUGGAACAUGGACGAACCCGAGAUGAUUGUGGAGAAUGCGCUGAAGAACCACUACAAGAUGAUAAAUGAGUUCAAAGGGGUUCCCGGCGUGCUGCGCGAGCGUCUGAACGAGGGCUUACAGGCGCGUCACUGUGCCCUCUCUCUGGUUGGAGAGCCCAUCAUGUAUCCCAAGAUUGGGCGAUUGGUGCGCCUUCUGCACGACAGGGGCAUCUCUACGUUCCUGGUGACCAACGCUCAGUUCCCCGACGCUCUGCGGGAACUCGGGCCCGUCACGCAGCUAUACGUGUCGGUGGAUGCCAGCAAUCGCGAGGCGCUCAAACGCAUAGACCGGCCUCUCUUUCCCGACUUCUGGCAACGCUUCCAGGACAGCCUCACCACCCUUGCGGACAAGGGUCAGAGGACAGUCUAUAGGCUGACCUUGGUCAAAGAGUGGAACAUGGAUGAAAUGCAAGGCUAUGCCAACCUUGUGGGACUCGGCAAGCCGGAUUUCAUUGAAAUCAAGGGUGUGACAUACUGUGGCGAGUCCAAAGGUGCCCACCUGACCAUGAGCAAUGUGCCCUGGCACGAAGAAGUGCUGUCCUUUGUGAAGCAGCUGGUGGCCUUACUUCCCGACUACAGCAUCGCCUCGGAGCAUGAGCACUCCAACUGCGUGCUCGUUGCACACAAUAAGUUCUGUGUUAACGGGCAGUGGAACACGUGGAUUGACUACGAGCGCUUCCACGAGCUGGUGCAGAGAUUCUACCAGACAGGCGAGUCGUUCACCUCACUCGAUUACAUGGCACCACUCCCUCAUUGGGCAGUGUUUGGGGCCAGGGAACGCGGCUUCGACCCCAACGACACCAGGAUGCUCAGAAGAUCCAAGAAAGACAUCAGUGGAUGCUAGGCCUAAUCCAAGUGGAUGCUAGGCCCUUGAACUCUCAGACGUUGGUAGUGAAAUGUGCAUGUGAGCACUCCAUAGUGUUCAAUCCAUUUUGAAAUCUAAAGGAUUACAUAUACAGCAUUGCUGGAAAGGCACCGAGGAAGGAUGAACACCCGAGCCUGAAAAAACCUUUCAUGAGUGUUUCACAGUGCCUAAGCAAGCACACCAGCAAGCUUGCGAUAAAAAGUUGACAGCUGCACAUGUUGUAUCACGUACACUUGGUCACUACAACAUGGCUGAUGAAAACUUAUGCUCUGAGUCACAGUGUGUGAUAAAGUGACACUGUGUUAAACAAGCUCAUUUUCAAAUGAUUUGCGCAGUAUUACUAUCUCUGUUUCGGAUUGGGCAGCUGGAGUGAAACAGAUCCACAGUUGUUGCAAUGAAUUGGACAAAAGCCGAUACUGUAGCCCAACAUCUUCUUGGUGCCGUUGUGACAUUCAAGAAGGCGGCAGCUUUUACCUGCAGGUCUCAUUUUUGGAUCCUGCACAUUAAAAGCUGUUGUGUGUAUUAAAUGCAUAUGAAUGUGGUUUUGUUUUAUCAGUUGUUAGAAGGAGGUUUUUU